AUGGCUCAAAGUAAAACUAUUGCAUUUUUUGUUGCUGGAUUUAUUCCUGUCGCGAUUGUUGUAACAACACUAUCGAUUUUACUCACAUCCAACAACGAUUUGGUACCUCCGGAUGUCGAUGCAGGAUAUGUCAUUGCUCAAAUUCCUCGAAUUGGGAGACUUAGAGGAUUUUUAACAAACGAGAGUACUGCUGUAUUUUAUGGACUUCCAUUCAGUCAAUCAACAGCGGGCGAAUACAGGUGGCAAAAACCUCGUGAUCCAUUGCCUGUGGAAGAUGACUACAAGCGAAUCGAUGCAUUUAAAAAACCAAAAGCGUGCCCGCAAGUUUGCGUGUUUCCCUCUCCCGAAUAUUCAUGUCCUCCAGUAGAAGACAUGAGUGAAGAUUGUCUCAAUCUAAAUGUAUUCGUUCCAAGUCGACUUACAAAACGUGAAGCAUCACAUCGGAAAUUAAUGUCCGAUUCAGAAGAAAAACUGGCUGUUAUGGUGUAUAUCUACGGAGGUGCGUUUAUGGCUGGCGGGAAUGCAAUACCACUGUAUGACGCAAGAUAUUUGUCUGAAUGGGGCGACAUUAUUGUUGUUACUAUAAACUACAGACUAGGCGCAUUUGGAUUUUUCUACCAAGACGACGGAACAUCUACAGCUGCACUUGGAAAUUUCGGAAUAUACGACCAAAUCAAAGCUCUUGAAUGGGUUCACAGACAUAUUGCAGACUUUGGUGGAGACCCCAAUCAGGUAACAUUGUUUGGUCAAAGUGCCGGAGCUCAAAGCAUAGCAGUUCUGAUGUUACAAGACGAAGUAAAUCAUUUAUUUCAAAGAGUAGUUAUGCAGAGUAAUCCGUUUGGGUUGCCAUACAAAGAUGUACCUGCUGCACAGGCUUUGGGAAACAGUUUUGCAAGAUGGGCAAGAUGCACUCCUAACGACUUGAAUUGUUUGAGGGAAUUAUCGAUGGAAAAACUAUUGGAACGUUACAAAACUUUACCUUACGCAAUGCAGUUAAACGCGCAGCAUAUAUCAGAAAUAUUUGAACCAUAUUCUCCGAUACUUGAUGGGAUUUUAUUGGACAACGACCCGAUGUAUUUGUUUAAAGAGGGGAAAAAUCAAGACAAGCCGAUGAUUGUUGGGUAUGUUGAAGACGAAGGUGCCAUGUUUGUUGGCGAGAUCUAUUCCUCUCCUAUUCAAUCGCAAAGAAUAUAUAAAGCAAGUGCCCAGAUUAUAUUCCGACAACAUACAGACAUCGUUGUUGAUUUGUACCCACCACAGUGUCCAAGAAUAAACCCACAAGAAACCGAUUGUGAUGAAAGAAUUCCUAUGGAUGAUGCGGUCACCGACUACAUGUUCACUUGCCCAGGAAGAAAAGCAAUGAAUUCCGAUCGCAACAAAGCAAAGGAAAAUGCUGACAUUUGGUUUUACACGUUCAAUGAAACUUGGUCGUUCCCGGAAUUUUGGGAAAACUAUACAUUGUGUUGGGAAAUGGUAUGUCACACUGAAGAAGUUCCGUAUAUAUUCGACAUUGACAAGCUAACCGAAUAUAGAUUUGAAGACGGUGAAGCAGAACUCGCUGCAAGAAUGAGAACAUUUUGGGUUAAUUUUGCAAAAUAUGGAAACCCAAAUGGACCUCCGGAGACUGCUCAAGAGGUUCCAGUAUCAGACAACCUUGAUGGUAUUCAGUCUAUCAAUAAACAAAUAGGAGAAGAAUUUCAACAGUCAAAAGCAAAAGGACAAAUAUACUGGCCCAGAUUUUUUGAGACCGACCAAUCCGAACCAAAUACGUCAUAUCGGGUUCUGCAAAUGACAGCGCAUGGGGAUCGAGAAGUAAACGAUUUUAGAAAAGAAUAUUGCGACAAGCUAGACGAUUUGGAUUAUUACCUUGAAAAUUACAACAUCCCCGGACUAUUGAUGAAUAUUAAAACGAAAAUGAAUGGGGAUGAAUUGUGAACAUGAAUAUUUUAUCGCAUUACAAAUACAUCUAAAUAGGCUGUAAAUAUCGAGAAUAAGGAAAAAUUGUAAAUUGUUUUUAAUAAAAUAAAAUCCAAUUGCAAUCUAUGAACAAAUCUGAUAUUCUAUAUAUAUGUAUAGAUAUCUAUAUUUUGCGAAUUUCUCGAAGUGCAAGUAUGAUAUACGUUUCAAUUUAUUUCUUCUUGUGCCGGAAGAUAAACGGAUUUCUCGGAAUACUAGAUUUUGUAUAACUACAAUGUCUGUAAACGAUAUGCUAAUAACAUUUCAUCUUUGAAUUAAUAAAUAAGUAGUUUACUUGAUUAUGUGAAACUCGUAAUACAUUGUCGUCUG